AUGGAGGGUCCGUGUUGGUUGUCGGUGGUGAUGGUGGCGUUUGUGUCCAUCCCCGCUUUGGGAUCGGAGUGUACCGUUUGCGUGAGACUCAACAAGGGGAGGCUGCUGGACUGCCUGGAACUCUGCAAACCACCGAGCCAGACGCCUCGUCCGGAUCUGGUCGCGUCGGUCCUCAACGCCAGCGAGGAAAACGAACUCUUUCCCGCCAGAGUCGACAGGACCGAGCCUAAAGUCAAUGCCGAUAGACGGCGCUCUUACCUGAUGGAGCACUUCCGCUGGAGUAAACCCUACCGGAACAAGACACAGGAACCCAGGGCGGGUUCUCGCGACGCUAAGAGAGGCUACUCCAUGGAGCACUUCCGUUGGGGUAAACCGCCCGGCAACAUAACACCCGGACCCAAACUGGGCCAGAAAGGCUCCAAGAGAAGCCCCUACGCCAUGGAGCAUUUCCGAUGGGGUAAACCAACCGGGCGCAAACGCAAACCGGUGAAAACCUUCACCUUCCCGGACAACGGCGCUUCCACGGAGGCUAUUUUCCACUCUCAGCCUCGUAGGCAACGGAACGGCAGGGAGGACGCCAAUCAGAUCUCGACCAGGCGGCAGGAGAGGAAGCUCCGUCUCCGUCCCCGUAACGCCGACGUGGUGAAAUCCACGACCAAUAACCCUCAGGGAACAAUAGCCGGAAUCUUCAGGGACAUUCUUCUGAAGGAUGUCCAGAGGAUAAUGGGUUGA